AUGCUCAACGGCGGGAAGGCGGUAAGGGACAGGGACGGGAAGAUUGUCGAGGCGGCUGCGUUUCAGAAGGGCGAGGACGAGACGAAGCCGGGGAGGGUGCAGCCGGAUAGGCGCUGGUUCGGCAAUACCAGGGUUAUUAGCCAGACGGCGCUCGACCACUUCCGUACCAGCUUGGCCGACAAGAAACACGACCCGUACUCUGUGCUGUUGCGCAGGAAUAAACUGCCCAUGCAGCUCCUCGACGACGCCGCCAACCCAAAUUUGCGCAAGCGCGCACACAUCGUCGAGACCGAGCCCUUCGGCGACACCUUCGGCCCGAAAGCGCAACGCAAACGCGCCAGACUCGACGUCGGCACCUUCGAAGAGCUCUCCGCCCUCGGCGCCGCCGCAGCCGACGAAGCCGAGUCCGCGCGCGUCUCGCGCGAGCUCCAAGCCGCAGCCGCCGGCGAAGCGGCCGCCAUCGCCGACGAGGCGACGCAUGCAGAUUACAUGGAGCCGAUAUACAUGAAGGGCACCUCGCGCAGGAUCUACGGCGAGCUGUACAAGGUCAUCGAUUCGAGCGAUGUGGUGCUGCAUGUUAUUGAUGCGCGGGAUCCGCUCGGGACGGUGUGUGAGAGCGUGCUGGAUUAUAUUAGGAAGGAGAAGGCGCAUAAGCAGGUCGUGCUUGUGAUUAACAAGUGCGAUCUGGUGCCGAACUGGGUCACUGCCCGGUACAUCCAACACCUAACGCCCCGCUACCCGACGAUCGCCUUCCACGCCUCGCCCAACCACUCGUUCGGCAAGGGCGCGCUCAUCCAGCUCCUCCGCCAGUUCUCCCAGCUGCACUCGGACAAGAAGCAGAUCUCCGUCGGGCUCGUCGGCUACCCGAACGUCGGCAAGAGCUCGGUGAUCAACACGCUCAAGAGCAGCAAAGUGUGUACUGUGGCGCCUGUGCCCGGCGAGACGAAGGUCUGGCAAUACAUCACCCUCACGCGCAAAAUCUACCUCAUCGACUGCCCGGGCAUCGUCCCCACCUCCGCCCGCAACGACUCGCACACCGCCACAGUCCUCAAGGGCGUCGUGCGCGUCGAAGCGCUCCCCACGCCGUCCGAGCACAUCCCAGCCCUAAUGGAGCGCGUCAAACCCUUAUACCUCUCGCGGACGUACGGCGUGCCGCUGCCGGACGAGAACGAUUCGUCGAAGGGAUGGGAGCCGGAGGAGUUCUUGGAUAAGCUCGCGAGGAUGAAGGGGCGGCUGUUGAAAGGCGGCGAGCCGGACCUCGAGGCCGUCGCGAAGAUCGUCCUGAGCGACUGGGUGCGCGGUCGGAUUCCGUUCUUCGUGCCCCCGCCCGAGAGGCCCGCCGAGCUCAACGCGAAAGAGGAGAAGGAGCGGAAGAGGGCGGAGCUGAAGGGUAAGGGUAAGGGCAAGGCGGAGGAGAGGGUGCCGGGCGUGAAGCAGAACUUGGGGACGAUUAUGCAGAAGAACUCGUUUGUGGGCGAGGAUGUGAGGGCUAUUGAGGACUUUGGUGGGGAUGAGGAGGAGGAGGCUGUUGGUGAAGACGAUGAGGGCAAAGAUGAGGAGAGCGAGGGCGCGGCUGGGGAGGUGGCUGAGGAUGCUGCGCCGUUGACGUGGAACGACGUCUUCAGUGGUGACGACAACUCCGGAGCUGCAGCGCCAGAGUCAGCGGAGGUCAGUGUGGCUCAGGCGCCGUCAUCCCCCUCGGAGCCAGAGGAGCAGAUGGCAGACGAGGAAUGGGCCGGCUUUGGCGAGUCAACGUCAGCGGCCGACCUCGACGAUGCGUCAGAUGCGGACGGUUCGGACGAUGGCGAUGGUGAGGUAGAUACGCCGCGCGCGCCUGCUGCGAAAGAGGCACGCCGGACGACGAACAAAGUGCGUUGCUCCGAUUCGCUGAUCCAUAUCCGACCCGCUAACUUCUCCGCUCUCUCUUCUCCUUCUAUCACCGCAAUCACUUGUUCGAUUCGCACUCGAUCCGAGCAGAAAAAAGCGGAGAAUUUCUACACGAGCGCGAACGUGAAGAACAAGAACCGCACCAAGGCGGCGCUGAUGAAGUCGCUCGUGGGCAAGAAGGGCGCGCAGGACGCCGGCGCCGCAGGGUCUGGAGCCGGGCGGCGGAGGAAGCGUUGA